GGGCCGGAAGUGUGCGUGGUUCCUGCGCCGAACUUCACGCCGUGUCUGUCAGUCGCUCGUUUCUUUUUUCCUCUCGGAGGCGCAUCGGGGAGAUUUUCUCUCCGCUUCUCCGCGUCCAACCACGGCGUCUGCGGCGCGGCGCGGCGCGGGGCCGGGAGCAGUCGGACCGGGUCAGCACGCCGUCUGGACGGCUGGAUCGGCUCUCGGGUUGAGAUCGCGGAUGGUUUAGUGUCCAGGCGGGGGAGCUGGACGCCCGGGGCCCGGAGCGGCAGAGGGGACGAGGCCCCGCCGCUGCCUGGUUUUGACCCAGAAAACAGCACCGACGGCCGGGCUGGCUGUCAACUAGCAGGCCGGCUAGCCGCUUAGCACGUCUCCGCUCACCGCUACCACCCAGUGUGGCAGAAUAAAGGGAUUUCCCUCCACUUGGACCGGUUCGUGUGGAUAUUAACUAUUAAAAGGAUUACAUUUUGUUGUAAAACAGAAGUGAGAAACAAGAGUGACCCCCGCUUGGAAGUGAGGAUCUUGCCGGGAGCUGGCGGCCAGCUAGCUGCGGGCUAGCCGUGCCAGCUCGCCUCUCUCCGGGCAGCGCGACACACAGACUCCCCGGGCUGGGAGGAGGAGGAGGACGGGCAGCGGUUCUUUCCACAGGAGGCCUCGGUUCUUUCUCAUCAUUUGUGGACAGCGUCAGAGAGCCGAGGCACCGAGGAUGGCUGCCAUCAUCAAGGAGAUAGUGAGCCGGAACAAGCGGCGGUACCAGGAGGACGGCUUCGACCUGGACCUCACCUACAUCUAUCCCAACAUCAUAGCGAUGGGUUUCCCUGCUGAGCGGCUGGAGGGAGUUUACAGGAACAACAUCGACGACGUCGUACGGUUCCUGGACUCCAAACACAGAAAUCACUACAAGAUCUACAACCUAUGUGCGGAGCGACAUUAUGACGCAGCCAAGUUCAACUGUCAAGUGGCUCAGUACCCGUUCGAGGACCACAACCCGCCCCAGCUGGAGCUCAUCAAGCCGUUCUGCGAGGACCUGGAUCAGUGGCUGAGCGAGGACGAGCACCACGUCGCCGCCAUCCACUGCAAGGCGGGGAAGGGCCGCACCGGCGUCAUGAUCUGCGCCUACCUGCUGCACCGCGGCAAGUUCCAGGAGGCGCAGGAAGCCCUGGACUUCUACGGCGAGGUCCGCACCCGGGACAAGAAGGGCGUGACCAUCCCCAGCCAGAGGAGGUAUGUGUUCUACUACAGCUUCCUGCUGAGGAACCAGCUGCUCUACAAGCCCGUGGCUCUGCUGUUCCACAGGAUGCUGUUUGAGACCGUGCCCAUGUUCACCGGGGGCACCUGCAACCCUCAGUUUGUGGUUUACCAGCUGAAGGUGAAGAUCCACACGUCGAACCCGGCUCAGACCCGGAGGGAGGACAAGUUUAUGCUGUUCGACUUCCCCCAGCCGCUUCCCGUCUGCGGAGACAUCAAGGUGGAGUUCUUCCACAAGCAGAACAAGAUGAUGAAGAAGGACAAGAUGUUCCACUUCUGGGUCAACACGUUCUUCAUCCCCGGGCCCGAGGAGAACCCCGACAAGCUGGAGAACGGCAGCGCCGGGACGCCGCGAGAACCCGCCGACAGGAGCUUCCAGAACACGGGCAUGAUGGGAGGAGGGGGCGGGGAAAACGACAGAGACUUCCUGGUUCUGUCGCUAACCAAGAACGACCUGGACAAGGCCAACAAGGACAAGGCCAACAGAUACUUCUCACCAAACUUCAAGGUCAAACUCUUCUUCACCAAGACGGUCGAGGAAGGCGCCAACUCGGAGGCGAGCAGCACGUCGGCCUCGCUGACGCCCGACGUCAGCGACAACGAGCCGGAUCACUACCGUUACUCUGACACGACGGACUCGGACCCCGAAAACGAACCUUUUGACGAGGACCAGCACACUCAGAUCACAAAAGUCUGACACACACGCACACACACACACACACACACACACACAAUAUAUAUAUAUAUGUAUAUAUAUACAUAUAUGUAUAUAUACGUAUGUAUAUAUAUGUGUAUAUAUCAUGUAUUCAAACACACGGACCCCAGAGAAAGACGAGCUCGUGCUAACGGGGAAUAACUGAUGGACCAGAAAUGAUGCUUGGGACUCAUGGACCAAUGAGCUCGGAGAUUGCUCCAUAAGCCCCUCCCCCUCCCCUCGGUGGACAAUCAGAUUCAGGUUUUGGGGAGGCGGCAGGCGGACGGAUGGACAUGAAGACAGAUGAAUGGACAGACAGGAGAUUUUAAAAUAAAAGAGUAAAACUUGAAUAUAAACAAACUGAAAGACAAGUAGACUUCUUUAGCGACCGCACCCCCAGGACGUUUGUCGGAUAAAUUCCUCCACAGACCCGGUUUCCCCUUCCUCCCGUCUUUCUUUCUUCUUUCUUUCCUUCCUUCUGCCUGCCCAGUUUUAGGAAACUAUAUGCUGACCAAUCUUUUUUUUGUUGUUUUUCGUCUUUUUUCCGUUGUUUUUUCCCGUCUGUCCGUCUGCAGUGUUGAGCUGUAUUGACGUUAGCCGGCCGCGUCGACUCGUCUCUCUCUGAGUUCGCUUGGACGUUAUUUAGCCUGGGAGUCCACUUCAAAUCUGAAGAAAUGUUUGAGGGUUUUUGAAGACCUGGACUGAUGUUUUCUCCAUAUAUUUAAAUUAAAAAAAAAAGAAAAAAUCAGUUGCCUAACUGACCAGUCAGAGGAUGUUUUAGGUCUCCAAGAACGGAGAACGGUAUGAUAAAGCCAAAACAGCUACAGACAAGCAGAACAAAAAGAACCAACAUGGCAACCGGCUGCUGACAGGAAGUGGAUCCAUGAUGGAGAGUUUCUAUUGGAUGCUGUCGGCUGGUGUUAAUGCUACAGUUCCUUUAGCAUUAGCAAGGCUAGUGAGAAUAGCGUUGCGAGCAAGCUAACUUCUCUUCAUCAGACACACACCAGAGGAUUCCACUUUUUUAGCGAGCACGCGGUUUUCUGUCCGUCCGACUCGGCGUGAAUAGAUUUGGUGCAAAAAAAAAAAAACAUCCCGGUGAGUAAUUUCUACUUCCAUGUUGUUUAUUCACGUUGAACUUGAACCAGUUCAGCUGCUGGCGUGCGUCAGCCUCCCACUCCGGUCUUCAAAAACCCUCCGCACAAGAGAGAACAGGCCUGACCGCAUCAAAGUGGACCAGCACAGGAUGGGACCAGUUUGAACCGGUCUGGUCUGGAUCAGGUCAUGCAAAGCGAGUGCAGAGAGGUAAAAGUCAGCCAGUUUGAAUCAACCACCUGAAUGUGACGAUGGAGAGUUUGAUUUUUCACAAUCUACUGCAGUUUUGUCAAUCAUCUACUGUGGAAACUACACACACACACACACACACACACACACAAUCCAUACCAACUGUGAACAGCUCACUGCUUUUCUGUCUGUCUUGUCUUUCCAACUCAUUUCUGUUUUGCACAUAAUGAUUCUAUUCAGUCCGAUCCUACAGUUAAACUGUUUUUGUCUUUGUAUUUUCAUGUUAUCAAUCAUUAAGCUAUACGACAGACAAGCUACACACAGUAUAUCCAUUCCCUCAGCCAGAUCUGUUUAAGCUAUCCGUGUGCAGAGUCUCUGAGAUGACCUAAAGCAGAGAAAUACUCUCCAGUGUCUUUAGGACGCUUGGUUCAUUGUGCCUGUGGUGCCAGGCGGGUGGGGUUUGCAAGGACAAUUCAAUGAAUCCCAUUUGCUCCUCUUUGUCAGGCAAGUUCAGUCCUUCCAGGAAUGUCUGUGUGGCUUGUAUUUGGAUCCAUGGUAGUUGCAGUCGUGUUGGAACAGGGUUUUAAAGAUGCAGUUUGUAAGUUUUUAGCAGAUCGCUGCACUCAGCUUGAGCUCGUUGUCUUCUGGAUCGUUGCUCUAUCUACUAAACAGCUGAGCAAGUUUUAGCGAGUUUUGUGUUAUGAGAUAUUACUGAGCUUCAGCGUCCUCAUUUUUGGUGUCUGAUUUAGCAAAUGUCGAGAGAAUUCAUUUGUUCUCCUCGAUUCGUCCUUAAAAGGUUACAAACUGCACCUUUAACACCAAGGAUGACAGUUUGGCAUCACAUCAGGUUAGUUACUGUAGUGUAUACUUCACAGAAGUGAAUGAACCUAUGCUCCUGUGUCGUGUGGACUGAAGUUUGAGUCCCAGUUGAGGCCUGAGCUCCAUCCAAAUAUCUGGUGCUGCCAUGGGCCGGCUCUGAAGGGCCUCCACCACCGGGCCAAACAGGCCUGAGGCCAGGCAAAACCUUUAGGUUGUACCAUCACAAUGAAAGCACAGUCACUUGUUCCAGAGUCAGAUCACUUUAUUCCACAGCUUUCUUGAAUGCCACAUCACAUUCUCAAAAGUCUGCAAUUGAACUGAGUUCGGGACACCAAAUGGCUCUUGGUUAAACAAUCCGCAGCCCUUUGUCACUGUACUCAGCAUGGUACAAAACACAACAUGUUUAACGGAAAGGGAUGAAUCAGGAUUUGGCCCAGCUUGGCGUUGCGGGCCCUGUACUGGACUUGAGGUGAAUUCAGAGCCUCAUGCUGGAUGUCCCAAACUCACUGUGAUUCACCAAGAUCUCCAAGCUUUUCAAGAAAAGAUUUUCAGAGAUUCUCAAAGAUUUGCAAAAUUUGUCACCAGGAUUUGCUAAGAUAAAUGAAAAUUCUUGAAGAUUUGCUGUGAUUCACAAAAUCUGACCAAACACAGCUUCGGAAUCUUACUUGGUUUGUGAAUCUUAGCACAGCGCCGAUGUUCUAGCUAGCAGCUAUAGCAACCUCUCUCUCAAGUCCAAAGACGACAGGUUGUUUUAUUUUUAAUGCCAACAUGGUGUUGUCAGGCCUUACGACACUGCGCCAGGAUUCGAUGGAACAAAACAACACACUCUAGGCAGCUUCGCUCUCAUUUCAAGAUCUGAUUCAUUUCAUUCAGUCUGGAAAGUUCAGAUGGUUUUUUUUUGUUUGUUUUUUUUUUAAGUUUGACCAGGUUUGUCGUAUCCAACCUGUUAGUAGACAAGGACUGUCCAUUAUCUGCAAAUGACCUGCUAAUCUUUUACAUGCCAUGCCAUCACCAGGUUUCACAACUCGGCUCUUGUCACUGCUGCGUCCCUUCUUGUCAGUGUGACAUUUACAGGAUCCAUAUGGGGUUUUUAGAAGCUUGUCCUGCUGAUCACCAUGCAAGGCCUGUUUUAGAAAGUUUAGAUUGUCUUCACAUCAGCCUUGUCUCUGCUAGACCGAGUCAUAAACUGCUUGUGAGCAUUAGACGUCAUUUCCACAUGGCGUUUCUGCCGUAGCUUUCACUCAGUGCAGCAUCUUUGUAGUCAAAGCUUGCACGAGCUCCGCCUCCUGUACAGUCUGACAGGACUGACAUCUAUGCAUUGGUUAUUUAUGAAACUUGUCUCCUGACCGUGUAUUAACAGAAAAGCCAAAUUUCUAGCAUGUAGCCUACUAAAUAGGAUCCAGCUAAGAUUACGCACAGCAAAUAUGUAUCAAGCACGGAAGAAAAAUGUAUGCUCCACUUAAUUGCACUUUGCCAACUACUCUUCACACUAAAGUUGACUGCCUCUUAAAGUACUGAAGUAAGUUUUGAUUUGGCACCAGUGUUCCAGUUGAGGUGCUGGAUCCAAAACCAGCACCACUACCAAAAUACUUUCAACAAUAAUCAGCCAUAAUUACUGCAUAUUUUAAUAUUUUUAAAUAAUUGCCUGCAAAUUUCAAUUACAUGUGCCAGAGAAGUCCAUAUCUUCAAUGUAUCUACUUUGUUGUACAGUUCAAAAGAGGUAAUCUAACGUAAAAUUCCUCAGUGGGUAUAAGCUAAGGUUUGCUGUAAUCCCGGCCGACCUCAGCAGUUGUAGGUGGGGCCUUGAUUAGUGAUCAGCACAGGCUUCAAAAAUCACAAACCUCCCCUUUAAUUAGGGAUGCCAGAUGGCAGCCCUCGCCAGCUUAGAAGCGGUGCUACGAUCCAGGGCCUAUAAAGUAGAGCUUUUGGUUCAGUGUAGGUCUGAAUAGGUGAAGUGCUAAGACUCAGCCAGGGCCUGCAAACACCUUCAAGCCGAGUCCACCUUUGGUCUACAGUAGCACUAAGAUCCUAGUCCCGGUUUUAAAUAGCUACUGUGGCACCUAAUAGUCCAUCUUAGAUCCUGCAAGGUGUGGUGCUAUGAUCCUAGCUAGGGCCUUCAGAUUCCUGUUGUCAUGCCUGCUGUCCAUCUAAGGCUGCCUUCGGUCCAGUACUAAGAUCCUAGCUGUGGCCUUCAAAUGUCUCCUGUGGACCUACAGGUAAUCUUAGGCUAGCAUGGGUACAGUAUUACGUCUCAGCCCUGGCCUACAAAUGCCUGCUGAGGUCUGAGCUCUAGUCCUGAGAUCCUAGCUGGGGUUUGAAAUGCCUACUGUGCAGCCUACGUUGUUGUCCCUCGUAGGUCAUCUUAGGCGUGGUGCUAAGAUCAUAGCUAGGGACUUUUAAGGUCCCGUGUCAAACCUGUCGGCCAUGUUAGGUCCAGCACUACAGUGCCAGUUGAGGCCUGCUGUGGAGCAGUAGUUCAUUUUACGUCUGCCUCACGGCCCGUGGUCAAACCUACAGUCCAUCUUAGGUAGUCUUAGGCGUGGUGCUAAGAGCCAGCCAGGCCGAUGUGCUCGGUACCAGCAGAAAUGUACAUCCAGCACCUAAGUAGGUGCAGCUAGCCGCUCAGACUACACUCAACACAUUUCCAACACAUUUUUAGCGCUGCGUGCACACUGCGAGCAUAUCAGUCAGUGUUCUGACUGGGUGGGACAAAAGGCUGCGACUGCAUCCGUGUAGUGUACAGCUACAAAGUUUUGAACAGGUAAAUUAUACAUUUUUCACUGCUAAUUAUGUAAUUUGUUAUUGAAGAAAACAGACAAAAUCAGCAGAGUAUCCUGCUGCUGAAAUGAGUUGACGCUGACUUCUUGAUCGCAGUGUGCCCAGCAUUCAGCAGCACACAUCCUUUAUCAGUCCUGUUCGGUGCUGUCAGGCCCCGCCUCACAUCCUGUUGCCGACCUGCUCAGACAUGACCAGCACGUAGACCCCGAUUUACCCAGAAUAAAGACUUUGAACAGGCAGAAAUAACUUGGAAUCAGUUUUUCUUGUCGUGUUUAGACGGUCUUGCAGUCGUGGUGCCCCUGGCCCGUUUCUAUUCAAGUGUUUUAAUUGAAACACUGGCUGGUGUUUAUGUUCAGUAUGUAGAAAGCAAUCUGGAAAUAUUAGCAUUAAUUUUAACCUUACCUGCUACCUUAUGCUAGUACUAGUAAACUACAAACGCUGGUCUGUCCUGAGUGGGUUUCGGGGAUCUGCGGCAGGCCAGGUGCUGUCCAUGUCUCCUACUGUUCGGGUGCUUGAUGUUGUCGUUUCUCUUGAUGUCUGGUUUGGGACAGCAGGAUGUUUCCAUGCUGGACUGACCCACGCUAACGUCCACACAGUGUGCAGUCCAUAUAGCAGCAGAUUUAUACACAUGUAUUGUAACUUGCGCAUCUUCAACAAAGCCAACGGACGAUUCAUUGUCCAUCCAGACAGGUCAGACCCUUAGAAGUGUCUUUAAACAAGACACAAUCCCAACCAGCUCUGGACCUCUGACCUCCUUUAAGAUUCGAUUGGUGGCAGAUGGGUUUCCACUUUGGACCGGACUGGAUCGGCCGUGAGUCGACCUCGGCUGCAGCCGAGAGACAUUCAGGUUCCUACACAGACCCAGAGAAAUGAAAACUCAGGGUUUCUACACUAAUGAACAUCCUGGAAAAGUCACUGAGUUUGAAAAUAUGCUUUCCAUGUCUGGAGAUGUCUGAGAGGGAAGAACAGUUGAAGAUAGAUAUAUUUCGUAUUUCCUGAAAAUCAGAAACCAGCCGAUCAGAGUCGGGAUGUGGCGGUUGCUAUGAGACGCACUUUAUUCGUGCGCAGAAAUAGUCGUGAACAUUUCGUAUAUAGUUACAGGAAAAUCAUGGGAAGGGUUUGGAAUGUAACUGACAACCGUAGAAACCCUGAAAAUGGUCACUACUUCUUAAAACUUUCACUUACAAAUAUUCUUUGAAGUUCAGUUUUGGUGCUCAUGAAUUAUUUAACAGGAAAGAGAAUUUGUUCAAAUCUGUGAACCGUGUGGGAACCUGGAGUUUCUCUCGGCUGUUUUAUCACCACGCGACAACCCUUACCUAACUGUUGUCCUUAACGGAACAAUCACAAGAACCAGGUGGUUUUUUUUCAGUCCCAUACACUCAAACAGAAGCUCAUGUCUGUGUGUUCCCUCGUUCGCGCUCGCUCUGGCCGAGCCAGCGAAACUGAACCUGCCAACUCUGUUCUGUUGGUUUUACUUCUGUUUACAUCUUAUCACCAAACCUGCCAAAAUGAAGCUCAGUUUUUUGUUUUUAUUCUUAUUUUGUUCUGUUUGGUUAGAUUUUGGCUUUCUGUGCGGAGGUGACCAGGUGAACACGGCCUUGGGCUUCUUCUUCUUUUGCCUUACUUGAAGCAGACAGCGCUUUCUCCCCUCCUCCAGAGCCGUAUAGACCCUGCCUCCUGUCAAUCAAAAGGUCAGAGGUCGGCCGGCCAGCCAGGCUCUGCUACUGUGGGAUUUUAGGGUUGGGACGGCUCGAUUUGGAUUGAGGUCGCUUAUUUGCAGCAACUUUAGUUUAAUAAUUUGACACCAAUAUCAUUAGAGCUUCAGAAUCUUCAAAUUUGGCUGUUUUCAUGCUGUAAAAGAAAAAAAAAAAAAAAAAAAAAAAAAAACAAUUCAGUUUUUACUCUAGAAUUUUCUUGGUGAGCAUGGAAACGACUCCAAAAUGUCUCUAAAAACAGCAAAACUGAAGCUGAUCAAACUGUGGUCAUCAGAAUCAAAGUCACAAUGAAACGGCACUGUGUGAGGGGCGGGGCUUAGCAGGGAGAGGCAACCAAUGGGAGGUCAGUUAGGAAGAGAGAGGCAGGUUUAUUCGAUGGGGGAGGGUGAGAUCGGGCCGAAGUGAGAUUUUAGUUCAUGUCGGCUAGUUCCUCCUGACGCUUUCCAGGAAGAAGACGCAACGUUAUUUGGAUAGAAUAAUCUUUUUUAAAAAAAAAAUCAGUGAUGACUUUUGAAUUCAUCGUUAAACGAGUUUGUUUCAUUGUGACUUUGAAGUCUUCCCAUUGAAGAGUGGAGUAGUGAUAAGUUCUGCAGUCAAACUGUUGGAGAUCAAUAGAUCAGGACGACGUUGGCUCCAGAUGUUACGGAGCCCUGGAGACGCCAGGAAAACACUUUUUUUUCUAAAUUUUGUGCACAUGUGCUAAACGAUGCGCACAAAAUGCUGUUGAGGUCACAAAAUGCUCUCCGCCUUCAUCCAGUUUCACUAAAUCUGCUUCCGUCUCGGGAUCGCUCCCGAUAUGAAAACCGCUCAGACUCCGCCUCCCUGCCUCCGACAGCAGAGCGAGAGUGGGCGGGGCCAUAGUGUAUUUAUUUAUUUGUUUAUUAUUUUUAUUUGUGUUUAUAUUGUUUAUUUUUUUCACUUUUUUAAAUUUUGUUUACCAAUAAUUUUUUUUAAAAUUCAGAGUAAGGUUUGGGUUGGUGUUUUUAAAACUAACUUGUAAAUUUUGACGCUGCAGUUUUCCAGUUUGCUGCAAACGAAUAUCAGAUGGCUGAUAAUAUCGGCCCUGAAAAAUCAAUCUAAGCGAGCGCGGCAAACAAAAAUCGUGCACACACGUCAGGAUUUUGUGACCUCGUGGGCAAGAAAAAAAAAAUUCCAGGGUCUCUCCAGCUCUCCUGUAGCACACACACACACACACACACACACACACACACACACACACCUGGAUGUCCCUCAUGUCCGGCCUCCAUGUUGCUGUCCAGGUUCCUGCAGGUUUCAGCUCAGCGGUCCACAGUGUUCCUUCAUCAUCACGAUGAUGAUGAUGAUGAUGAUGAUGAUAUUGUUUUUUCAGGUUUUAGUGAUUUUUAGUUUCCGCUCUGAAAACAAAAAUAAAACUUAAAACACCACUAAUGGCAAAAGGUUGAUUUGAAUCACGGCCUGGUGUCGCUAUGGAAACCGAAAUCUUAUUGUUUCAACCCCCCCCCCCCCAUCCUCUUCUUUUAAUCUGCCCUCCUUGUUUUAUAAUGAAAUAAACGCUGUAAAGGUGAAUAAACUAUUUAUAACAGUU